GACUGUCAAACUAUUGUCAAAUUUACAAUUCGUGUCGGCGUAGUUUGUUUGUAUGAAAAGUUUCCUGUGUUUAUUAAAAGUUCUCUACUGUAGAAACAAAGUGCAUAAAUUUUGUGUUUCAUGUAACGCAUACGUUUAACUAUAUUUAAGGAGCUAAAGUUACACACCUUUCCGGUGUACCGUAGCGAUCAUGAUAGACGAUCCGCAUUUUAUCGACGCCAUGGUGCAGGAACUAAAGUCUCAAGGCCUUUUCGAUCAGUUCCGGAAAGAGUGUUUGGCCGACGUGGAUACGAAACCUGCUUAUCAAAAUUUGCGUCAGCGCGUGGAAGGUACGGUGAAUAAGUUUCUCGGUCAGCAGGAAUGGUCCGAUAAUAUUCGGUACAAAAAUCAACUGCGCGAUCAAUUGCGUAAAAACAUUAUCGAAUCUGGAUUUCUCGAUGCCGGUGUUGAACGGAUUGUUGACCAGGUGGUGAACCCAAAAAUAGCCACCAUAUUCCAGCCGAAGGUAGAAGAAAUUGUGUACAACUAUCUUGGAAUUGAAAAACCUAAGUCAUCCUUCAACGGGAAUGAGCAUCCCUUCUCGUGUCCCGAAUCGUUGCUAGAAGACCUGGAAGCGGUAAGCCCGGAUUCGGACAAAAAGUCUGACGGAUGCUUGACUCCUUCACCUCCACCACCACAACAACUACCACAACCACCGGAACCCACCGAAGAACCGGUAGAACAUGUCGUGGAAAACAUGGACAUUGAUGAAGACGAUGAAGCGCUAGAUGAAUCGAAAGAACAAGAUGAUUUUGAAUCGCCCGCAUUCGAACCGCUGGAAGUGCGAUCUCCGAGCAAAACGAAGGACGAUAUGAAUGAUUCAAACUCUUCCGUCAUCAGCGGACUAACUUCGCAGGAAUCGGUAAAAAGCGACGAUCCUGCGGAGAGUCCUGCACGCGGAACUCCUACCAAGGAAUCGAACAAUGUGCCGCCAACCGACGAACAGGAGUACCCGACGACGAAAGAUUCGGAGUUCAGUCAGGAAAUUGGACCAACAAAUGAUUCUCAGCUGUCGCAGGUGUCCAGCAACAGUCAACUGCUGACAGCAACUGCACCAUCCUCCAGUGAAGAGAUGCAGCAUUCGGAAGAAAAUGAACGCUUGGACAUUACCGAAGAAGCCCAAAUGCCUACACUGUUCAGCAGUUCAAUGGACAAAGUGUCUAGUUCCAACGAGGGAGAACACGAAGGAAAUACAGAGGUUAGCAAGAAGAUCACAUUCGAUUUCAAGAAAGAUGAGUAUGAUUUCACCGGCACUGGACGCCCGUCGGCAGCAAUUGCUUGUGCUGAAGAGAGUUAUGGCGAUGCUAAUCGAGAGCGCGAUCAAGAAGAUGAUAGCACCGCAAUGGAGACCCCGAUGGAAACACCAACAGACACGCCCGAGAAACUUAAAGAUGAUAUCGAUCAGCCUAACCUCACACUGCAAGACGAGGAGACGUCACAAUCGGAACAUUCGCUGAAAAUUUGUGAAGACACGUUCAGUGACGAAAAUACGAAAGAUUCACGCUCAGAAGAAGCACUACCAUCGGCCCAAGACAGUCCUUCGAAGGUGAAAGGACUGUCCGAUGCUAGCAGCUGUAGUGUGAAGAGUGCUGAAGAUGCUAAACAUAUUCCAUCAAUCGCACCAGUUAAAACCGACGAAAUCCCGAUCGAAACGGAACAAAAAAGGGAUGAAGAGGAAGUGAAACAAGAAGAAAAAAACGACGAAGAAAAAGUCGAUGAGAAGAUUGAUAAAACAAUAAUGUCAAACGUAGAUGAUGAUCACUAUCAGGAACAUAACAAACACCAAAACGACCGUCGAUCGAGUGAUCGCGAUUCGGAAGAUGGUAACGAUAAGCACGGUUCUGGAGGAUCCGGUCCUCCACCGGCGUCCGUUGAUAAUCGUAGCGCUGAGGAGAGAUUACCCUCCGCACAGGAAUCCAACGAAAAAGUUCCCGAAAAGGAAAAAUCCCCUGCAAAAGAUGCUGUGGAUUCGGUUCCAUCACCAAACGACAAGGAACUGGAUCGCAACUGUCGUUCGGUGACACCAACGAGUGGCGGUACGCCGAUCGAUUCGUCCUCCUCCGGCAUCCAAUCAGGUGACGAUUCGGAAAAAAGUCCUGAAACAUUGAAAUCGUACAACAAAUCCGAAUCGAUCGUACUACCAGUGCAACCGGUCGUGAUCGAUCAGAUGCUUACGAGCGGGGAUGAUUCGAAAAUUGAGCGUCUGCUAAACGGCGAAACGCAAACGAACGAUGCCACGUUGGAAUCGCUGCAAAGACAGUGGAAAUCAACGGAGGGCAAAAUUCGGAAGCCAAUAUUUGCCUCGAACUUUUACGAAGCUCGUCGCCUAAUAAGGGUGCGCAAGCAGAUCCAGCGGCACGAACAGAAAUGUCGCGAACAGGCACUGGCAAUGGCGAAAAAGUACAUCAACGAGAACAAGGCUUUCGCCGGACGCGGUAUGGAGGAUCAGGGUAUCGAGCUGGAGUUUGUGUGCGAUGCAAAACGGAAAUCACCCGGACCGUUGAUAUCGUCACCCGUACCGAAGGUGGAACAGCCAACGGUGGAAGAUGCACCGCAGCCAGAAUCCGAUCCCGAGCUGCUGUACUUCCCCGAGAAGGACGAAGUGUACCGGUGCGAUGAGAAACGGUUGAACUUUUUGCGCUCGACAACGGACGGUGUUACGUUUGGCAAAAACUUUAAAGUACAGCACUACAGUGCGAUGAUCUGUUCGCUUGCCGUUUCGACGGCGUCCGUACUGCGCGUUUCCAAACGACCCACAACAAGUGCUUUCGCGAGCGCAAAAAUUAGACGUACCGAACCGAUCAAUGGGAUAGUGAAAAAACUCGAUCUGGGCACCGAAUCGGGUGGCAAGAAUGGUACCAGUUUGGCUAGCAAACAACGCUCCAUAAGGAAUCGCUUGGUAGAGAAAAGCACUCCACCAUCCGUGGGAACGGAUGCUUAGGGUAGUAUGCUUCAGUUGUAAGUCAGACAAACCACCAUUGUGCAGUUUGUUAAAGUGUUUAUAGAUAUUAGGAGAAUGUUUAAGACAUGUGUUUGCUAAUGUGGGAAUUAAUAAAAGUGCAGUUAAAUUUACAUCAAUA